AGCGGAACGAGAUUGAUUGACUAUUUUAUGAGAUCUGAUGUCCAUUUCUCUGCCAAUCUUGACGGAUGUAUAGCAUACAACCAAUAAAAUCGUUUUAAUAUCGCAAAAUAUGUAUGAAAACUCUAUGUUGUAACGGACCGUCAAGUAGAAAGCGUGAUCAACGCCAGGAUUAAACAAAUAUGGCGCUGGGCCAGGCUAUCUUUCUCUUCACCGUCAUUGACACAAUCUUAGAAACCAACGCCAGAGUUUCAACAGUGCAACAACCAUAUCUUCUUGGAACAGAGAUCCUAAUUCAAGAUAAUAAUGGACAUAUGCGAUCAUUGGGACCGAAUGAAUUACAUCUGGCUGGAGAUGCCAAAGUUGGACUACCAGGCGUCAAAAGUCUUCAUGAUAUGCCUACCUUAAUGCACGGUGAAGGGAUGGAUAUACCUCAUAAAUCAGACCAUCGAUUUAAUGGUCACGUGUCUAACAACAAUGGAUAUGGCUACGGGGGCCAAGUUGGGGUUAUCAAUUUACAAAACAAUAAUUUCGGAAAUAAUGAUAAAUCAACACAGGUUAUUCAUAUACCACAUUCUGGUUAUAAACAGGGAUUUAAUACUGAUUUUUCCAGACCAAGCGAACAUUUCAAUAAAGGAAACAGACCACAACAAAUACAUAGAUAUUUUGAGACGGUAACAAAUGAAAUCUCCCGAUAUAUUUCAUCGGAGUCACACAGAGGAAACACUUUUAACCACGGGGACAAGUUUGGACCGGAAUUUUCGUUCAGAAUGCCACAGAAACAAGAUGUUGGAGGCAGUUUUUCAGGACCAUCUGUUGAUAUUUCACCACCAGGACCUAUUCAAGGACUAGUCAACCCUGGUCCAGAUUUUGGCCCUGGUCCAGAUUUUGGCCCUGGUCCAGACUUUGGUCCUAGUCCAGGUUUUGGCCCUGGUCCAAAUGCGUUAGAUGGCCAAUCAAAUCAAAACUGGGAAAAUAAUGCACCAAACUUUCAGGGACCUAAUUUCGCAAAUGGAAACCAAGUUGGACCUCAAAAUUUUGCCAAUCAAGAUUUUAGCAUUGACUUAAGUCAAACAGGAAAUGCAUGGGGAAAUCAAGGAUGGAAUCAACAGCAAGGGCCUACAGGAUGGGAACAAGGUUGGAAUCAGGCAGGGUGGAACCAACAUGGAGUGUUCCCUGGAGCAGAAUUUGGUCAGCAGGGAGGAGCUUUCAAUCAAAACCAACCUAGUGUAGCGCUGCAACAAGAUUUCAAUCAACCGUUUGGUAAUCAGAAUUUAGGAACAGGAGGACCACUACCAAAUAUUGCAACUCUAAAUAGUCCCGAAAAUUUCCAAUCAAGGUUUUUAGGGGGAGUGGUAGCACCAGUAGUAUCACCAGUUAACCCAUUGGGACCAUUGAUGACUAAAUCAGAUGUUAAUGUUGAUAUUAUCAAACCAAUACUUCCAGGAGAUGUUGCCAAAGGUCCCGUGCCUUUGAAUACUGUUUUUUAAAAGGUUUUCAGGAUGUUCCACUUUAACUCAAAAAUAAAGGGUAACUGAUGUUUUUAUUAAGUGUGAUGAAGAAAAUAUCU